CCCGGCAGGAGCGGCGGCCCCCGCCCACCCCCGCCGUCCGCGCCCGUCCGGCCCGGCCACGGAGGCAGCGCCGCGGCGGGACCGGAGCCCGUGCCCGCCGAGAAGCGCCGCGCCGCCGGGCGCCAGCAGUGCGAUGGGGCCGCAGCGGCCGCCGCUCACGGCCGCGACCGCCCUGCUCUGGGGCUUCCUGCUCCCGCUGACAGCUGCUCAGGAAGCAAUCCUGCAUGCGUCUGGAAAUGGCAAACUUUUACCAUCUAAGGACUACUGCAUGCUUUAUAACCCUCAGUGGACAUCUCUUCCGAAUACUCUAGAAAAUGCAACUUCUGUCAGUUUGAUGAAUCUGACUACCACACCACUAUGCAACCUUUCUGAUAUUCCGCCCGAUGGAAUAAAGAGCAAAGCUGUUGUGGUAAAGUGGGGAACCUGCCAUAUUCUUGAAAAAGCCAGAAUUGCACAAACUGGAGGUGCUGAAGCAUUGUUGGUUGCCAAUAACAGUGUCCUAUUUCCACCCUCAGGGAACAAAUCUGAAUUUCAUGAUGUGAAAAUACUGAUUGCAUUUAUAAGCCGUAAAGACUUCAUAGAUAUGAAGCAGACUCUUGGAGAUAACAUUACUGUGAAAAUGUAUUCUCCAUCAUGGCCUAACUUUGACUAUACUAUGGUGGUUAUUUUUGUAAUUGCUGUGUUCACUGUGGCAUUAGGAGGAUACUGGAGUGGACUAAUUGAAUUGGAGAGCAUGAAGGCAGUGACAAACACUGAAGAUAGAGAAACGAGGAGAAAGAAGGACGAAUAUUUAACUUUUAGUCCUCUAACAGUUGUAAUAUUUGUGGUUGUCUGCUGUGUUAUGAUGGUCUUACUUUAUUUCUUCUACAGAUGGUUGGUUUAUGUUAUGAUAGCAAUUUUCUGCAUAGCAUCAGCAAUGAGUCUGUACAACUGUCUUGCUGCACUAAUUCAUAAGAUACCAUGUGGACAAUGCACGUUUAUGUUUCGUGGAAAAAGCAUUGAAGUGAGACUUAUUUUGCUCUCUGGACUAUGCAUAGCAGUAGCUGUUGUUUGGGCCGUAUUUAGAAAUGAAGAUAGGUGGGCUUGGAUUUUGCAGGAUAUCUUGGGGAUUGCUUUCUGUCUGAAUUUAAUUAAAACACUGAAGUUACCCAACUUCAAGUCAUGUGUGAUACUUCUAGGCCUUCUCCUCCUCUAUGAUGUGUUUUUUGUUUUCAUAACACCAUUCAUCACAAAGAAUGGCGAGAGUAUCAUGGUUGAACUUGCAGCUGGACCUUUUGGAAAUAAUGAAAAGUUGCCAGUAGUCAUCAGGGUGCCAAAGCUGGCCUAUUUCUCAGUAAUGAGUGUGUGCCUCAUGCCAGUUUCAAUACUGGGUUUUGGGGAUAUUAUUGUACCAGGUCUGUUGGUUGCAUACUGUAGAAGAUUUGAUGUUCAGACUGGUUCUUCUUCUAUAUACUAUGUUUCCGCCACAAUUGCCUAUGCUGUUGGCAUGAUACUUACAUUUGUUGUUCUGGUGCUGAUGAAAAAGGGGCAGCCUGCUCUCCUCUAUUUAGUUCCUUGCACACUUGUUACUGCCUCAAUUGUUGCUUGGAGACGUAAGGAAAUGAAAAAGUUCUGGAAAGGUAGUGGCUAUCAGGUGAUGGACCAUCUGGACUAUGCAACAAAUGAAGAAAACCCUGUGACUGCUGGUGAACAGAUUGUUCAACAAUAAUAUUAUGUAGACCUGCAAUAAUGUCAGUUGAUUUUCUACAAAUAGAGUUUGACUUUUUAAAUUGACUUUUGAAUUGACAAUCUAAACAAAUCUUCAAUGAUAUGCUUGCAAAUAUAUAUUUUUUAAGGUCUGGUACUGACAAUUACAUCAAAUAAUUGAAACACAUUUGCUUUUAACUAUGUUAAAGUUGUGCCUUCACGUUAAAUAAAAGCAUAUAGUCUGUGUAA